AUGGACUGGAGUGCACAAGCAGAUGCCAUCUGGCAACACAUUCUGGACCCCACAAGUGACAGUAAUUGGGCUAAGUUCCCCAAUCCCCUGGUACAGAAGAAUGUCCUCAAAUGGGGGUUUUGGCUCCAAGAUGAUUUGCUCUCAGAUGGUGAUUUGGGAGAAAAACAUGACUGGAAGGAUAUCUAUGUGGUAGGCAAGUUGAAACAGUCAUUGGAUGAGAUCCAGACAAAAGACAUGCUGCUUCAGCUUGCACUCUAUGUGCAGGAAGUGUUUAUCACCCAGCCAACUCAGCUAUUUGUCCAUGCAUUCACUGUCUGCAGGACCAAGUUUGAGGCCUGGGUGUUCAACUACUCCAGGCCCUACAGCUCUGGCAUGCUUGAUAUCUAUAAGAACAUGAAGCAGUUUUUCCAGGUGAUCUUGGGCUACACUAUACUUUGA